GCGCCCGUCACGGCUAACAGACCGUGGAGCCGAGCGCAGUCUUCGUCUGUCCAGCGGCCGCAUCACGUACAGGUUCACGGACUCCUGCCUGGGCUAUCGAAACAAAGGAACCCUCACCUUAAGGCGCAGUAUUAUUUUCAUUUAACUGUUAUCCAUGAGAUUCUUCAGGCUUACCUUCAAGUGCUUCGUCGACUGCUUUUGAAUUUCCUCAGUCAACGCUGAUCUGACCGCGGGGCUUUGUAAAAAAAAAUCCAUCUCUUGGCAGAGCCGAGGGGUUCCAAGGUGUGAUAAUUAUAAAAAAAACUGCAUUUUUUUAUUUGAAGAAGGUAAAAUAUCAAACUCAGAAAAGCAGAAGCGCAACCGGAGCACCGAAUCGCUGCUAUUGUGGCCGUGUCCGUCUCUGCCUCGGAGCCGUCCGGGUGCACAUCUAUAAACUUCAGCAGCCCCUGGCUAGCUUAAAACGACCAUUCAGAUUCUUAUUGUGUUGUUGUUUUAUUUUUGAAUACGAUUUUUUCGCCGCUGCCCAACAAUAUGUCCCCCGAGUUGGAAGAAAACAGCCAAGAUGAAAUCAGUCUCCCCCAGCUGGAGUCAGGGACCCUGUCAGAGGAGGAAGGUGGAGGGUCAGCUCGCCCCCUGGUGCCCGUGCCCGGCGCUGGCCCAGGGUGUGGAGAGUGCAUAGGAGCUGGCCCGCCGCAGACCCCGGACGGGGCUGCAGCUGGGACUGGAAACGGGGCCUUGGCGGUGCCAGCGGUGGAGAGGGAAACCUGGACCAGACAGAUGGACUUCAUCAUGUCCUGCGUGGGCUUUGCUGUUGGCCUGGGCAACGUGUGGCGGUUCCCUUAUCUCUGCUACAAGAAUGGAGGAGGGGUUUUCCUGAUCCCCUACUUGCUCAUUGUGUUCAUCGGGGGAAUACCAGUCUUCUUCCUGGAGAUUGCACUGGGACAGUUCAUGAAACAGGGCGGUGUCUCCGCCUGGAACAUUGCACCCCUCUUUAAAGGUCUGGGCUUGGCCUCAAUGGUGAUAGUAUUUUUCUGUAACACCUACUACAUCAUGAUUUUGGUGUGGGGCCUCUACUUUCUCUUCUACUCCUUCACCAACCAGUUGCCCUGGGCCACAUGUGGACAUCCCUGGAACACCCCUAACUGCACUGAGGACUUCCGCCGCGCUUGCCACAACCGCAGUGCAGCCCAGGCAGCCCUGCCAUCUCCUGCUGCCACCCCCUCCAACCUCCUCACUUCCAGCCCCCCGCUGAAUAUGUCCGUCCUCUUGAAUGGCAGCUGCAUGGAGGCUGAGGGCAUGCGCUCACCAGUCAUUGAGUUCUGGGAACAUAAAGUGCUCCGUCUGUCCGGCGGACUGCAUGAGCCUGGUAACAUCAGCUAUGAGUUGGUGCUGUGCCUCAUAGUCACCUGGGUCAUUGUUUACUUCUGCAUGUGGAAAGGCGUUAAAUCUACUGGCAAGGUUGUAUACUUCACAGCUUUAUUCCCUUACCUGGUCCUGGUCAUUCUUCUGGCCCAUGGCGUGACACUACCUGGAGCUUUAGAUGGGAUUGUUUACUACCUGAAACCAGACUGGUCCAAACUUGGAGAAGCGCAGGUGUGGAUUGAUGCUGGCACACAGAUUUUCUUCUCCUAUGCCAUCGGGCUGGGCGCCCUGACUGCUCUGGGCAGUUACAACUGCUUCCAUAACAACUGUUACCAGGACGCAUUCAUGCUGGCCCUCAUCAACAGUGGAACCAGCUUCUUUGCAGGCUUCGUGGUGUUUUCUGUGCUGGGUUUCAUGGCUGCUGAGCAAGGGGUGGACAUCAGUAAAGUAGCAGAGAGUGGUCCUGGCCUCGCGUUCAUAGCCUACCCUAAGGCUGUGACUCUGAUGCCUCUGGCUCCACUCUGGGCAGCCCUUUUCUUCUUCAUGUUGCUCAUUCUGGGCCUGGACAGCCAGUUUGUAGGAGUCGAGGGUUUGAUAACAGGAAUCAUGGACAUGCUGCCCCCUAAAUCAGUCCUGGGUUCACUGCGGCGUGAGGUGGUAGCGGCCAUUUGCUGCGUCAUCUGCUUCCUCAUCGACAUGUCCAUGGUCACAGAGGGGGGGAUGUAUGUCUUCCAGCUAUUUGACUACUACUCUGCCAGUGGCAUCACCCUGCUGUGGCAAGCCUUCUGGGAAUGUGUGGUGAUUGCCUGGGUCUAUGGUGCAGACCGUUUCAUGGAUGACGUGGCUCGCAUGAUCGGCUACCAGCCCCUGCCCUACAUGAAGUGGUGCUGGUCCUACAUCACACCUUUAGUCUGUGUGGGAGUGUUCCUCUUCCACGUGGUCAACUACAAACCCCUGACCUACAACACCGUGUACACCUACCCCUUGUGGGGCGAAGCGCUUGGCUGGGCUUUGGCUCUGUCAUCUAUGCUCUGUAUCCCUGUAACUGUUCUCUACAAGCUUCUGCGCUGCAAAGGAUCUUUGCGGGAGCGGUGGCAACACCUAACCACCCCGGUGUGGGGCAGACAUCAUCUGGAGUACCUGGCCCCGGAGAGUGAGGCCAAGCUGCUGCCCCCUGCAGGAACCAAGAGCACGCUGCUCUUUGAAAGCGUCAUCUAAAGAGCGAUUCCCUCCAGAACACAGAGCCAAGGUCACCCUGACAACAGGACACGCUUACACAAACACACCAAACUACACAGAAUACACGAACAACACACUGGCUUGGUGCAGAUUAGUCACACGCGCCCAGAUGCAACACUAUGGAAAAGCCCCAGACCAGCGGACCAAAGAUUAGAUGGGAAAAGUGAAACCAAGUUGCGCCCACGCGGUCGUCCCUCUGCUCCGCUUUCUGACUCUACCUCGCUGACGCUCCCGCUCUCUCUGCUCUCUGCCUCUGUGCUGUUCUGUCCCGUCUUGUUCUGUGAGUGUGAUGUGUCCGUCGCAGUAGCAGUAUCUUUCCCUCCCUCGCUUCCUUGUCUGGGUUCCUAUAGCCUCACUCGUCCCAGCAUCUCACCGCGUAGUCGCGUUCUAAUUAAGGUGAAGCGAGAAGAUUCUGAAACCGUCCCACAUCUGCUGCUAGUUCGCCAUGGUCCUGUCAUGUGUGGGGGAUCCGUGUAUGCCUGUGCAUAUGUUUUUAAUUGUGAUCAUGUAUCAUGUGUUUGCGAGGAGGAUUAUGUGCUGGGCCAUGGCUGCGGUGUCUUUAUUUACAUUGUAACAUUGUUUUGAUUUCUGCAAACUAUAUUCUUUUAAUUACGUGUAAAGAAUAACUUCCAUUUGUAAAAAAAAACCUCUUAAUCAACCAGACAAUGCAUCAUUACUUCCAACUGUGUGUUAUGAACUAACUAUGUAUCCAGUGUAUUGUAGGGUCUGUGAAUCAGUGUUAAUAUUUUGGGGGGUGAUGAUCAGUAUUUCCACUGAAACUUUGGAUUGAAUCGUGCAAGUGGCAGGAGAAGGAGUUGUUGGGAGGGGAAAGAGGCUCAAUGCUCUGACAGGGAAGAAGCAAUAAAUGAAAGUAAAAAUGGA